AUGAUUUCUCCAAAGAUGGUUGCCGCACACUCCUCUUCCCACACCUCUGCGUCUGCAGAGUGGAUUGUUUGCCUGGAUAAGAGGCCUUCGGAACGCUCUGGAGAAGAUGUAGACAUUAUUCUUGCUCGGCUGAAGAACGUGAAGGCUUUUGAGAAGUUCCAUCCCAGCCUGCUUCAGCAGAUCUGUCUGUGUGGUUUCUACGAGUGUCUGGAGAAAGGCAUCACCUUGUAUCGACAGGGCGAUAUUGGAACCAGCUGGUAUGCUGUUCUCUCUGGCUCACUGGAUGUCAAAGUGUCUGAAACUGCUAACCAUCAGGAUGCGGUCACAAUAUGCACUUUGGGUGUUGGGACAGCGUUUGGUGAGUCGAUCCUGGACGACACGCCACGACACGCGACCAUUGUCACGCGGGAGUUUAGUGAACUGCUACGUAUUGAACAGAGAGAAUUUAAGAACCUGUGGGAGAAAUAUCGGCACUGUAUGGCAGGACUCCUGGCCCCUCCCUACGCUAUCAUGGACAGCGGCCCCGGCACUGACCGAAUGCCAGACAAAGAGAACUUGAGCACCCAUUCCCUCGUGUCUACAUCCAAACAUUUAAAGAAGGUGCCGUCAGAGAAGAUCCUGCAGGCUGGAAAGGUGAUGCGCAAUGUCAUACUGUCCAGGGCCCCACAUAUGAUCAGGGACAGGAAGUACCAUCUGAGGACCUACAGACGGUGCUGUGUAGGUACAGAGCUGGUUGAUUGGCAGAUGGAUCAGAGUAUGUUCAUUCACUCUCGUGUUCAGGCUGUGGGGAUGUGGCAGGUGUUGGUAGAGGAGGGUGUUCUCAACCACAUUGACCAUGAGCAGAGUUUCCAGGAUAAGUAUUUUUUCUACCGCUUUCUGGACGAUGAGCAGGAGGAGGUGUCUUUUCCCACUGAAGAGGAGAGGAAAGAGAGUGAGGAAGAACUGCAGGAUACCCUCCUCCUCCUCUCUCAGAUGGGGCCAGACGCUCAUUUGCGGAUGAUCCUGCGAAAGGCACCUGCCCAGAGGACGGCAGAUGAUUUGGAGAUUAUUUAUGAAGAGCUUGUCCACAUUAAAGCCUUAUCACACCUCUCCACUACAGUGAAGAGAGAAUUGGCUGGUGUGCUCAUUUUUGAAUCUCAUGCAAAAGCUGGAACUGUCUUGUUUAAUCAGGGAGAAGAGGGGACGUCCUGGUACAUCAUUCUAAAGGGCUCCGUGAACGUGGUGAUCUAUGGAAAGGGAGUCGUGUGCACGCUGCACGAGGGCGAUGACUUUGGGAAACUCGCUCUGGUGAACGACGCUCCGCGAGCCGCGUCCAUUGUCCUGCGGGAAGACAACUGCCACUUCCUCCGGGUCGAUAAGGAAGAUUUCAACAGGAUCCUGAGGGACGUGGAGGCUAACACAGUGCGUCUGAAGGAACAUGAUCAGGAUGUGUUGGUUCUCGAGAAGAGCACAGGCAGAAACUCCACCCAUGGAGGCUCCGCCCCUCACAAAUACACGGUGAUGGCAGGCACGCCACAGAAGAUUCUGGAACACUUUCUGGAAACCAUGAGGCUGGAUUCUUCAUGUAACGAACCAGACCCAGCCCUGGAUGACUUCUUGCUUAUGCACUGUGUUUUUCUCCCCAACUCUCAGCUGUGUCCUCUGCUCAUGGAUCAUUACCGCGCCCAGGCGUCUCAGGGGUCAGAGCAGGAGAGACUGGAUUACGCUCUGAGUAACAAGCGUCGGGUGGUCCAGCUGGUCCUGCAGUGGGCUGCUGUGUAUGGGGACCUGCUGCAGGAGGAACAGACCACGCUGGCUUUCUUAGAGGCGUUUUACUUGUCUGUGUCUGAAGACGCCAAACUGUUCCCUGCUUUGAAAGACCAGCUCCACCAACUGGAAAAGAUCGUCAAACACAACACUGAGGAUGCAAAUGCUUCUCAUAAAAAGCACAAGGUCCUGCUGAGGCAGUUCAGCAUGGGGGAGGAGAAACUGCAGAAACGCCAGCCAAUCAAAAGCAACGAUGAGAUCCUGUUUAAGGUGUACUGCAGUGACCACACCUACACCACCAUACGUGUGUGUGUCGCCGCGACCGUGUGCGAGGUCAUCGGUGCCGUGGCCGACAAGCUGGGUUCGGCCGACGACCUUUUGCUGAUCCAUCUCAGCUCUGCCGGAGAUAAAGUGGUUCUGAAGCCCAGUGACGUUUCUGUCUUCUCCACUCUCAGCAUUAAUGGCCGACUGUUUGUGUGUCGCAGGGACCAGCUCGACUCACUGACCCCACUGCCUGAGCAGGAGGGGCCCACCACAGGAUCCAUGUCCACCUUUGAGUUAAUGAGCUCCAAAGAUCUUGCUUAUCAGAUGACUCUCUAUGACUGGGAACUCUUCAACUGUGUGCAUGAGCAUGAGCUGAUCUACCAGACGUUUGGGAGGCAGCACUUUAAAAAGAGCACGGCCAACCUGGACCUGCUGCUCCGACGCUUUAAUGAAGUCCAGCUGUGGGUGGUCACUGAGACCUGUCUCUGUAAUCAGCUCAGCAAACGAGUUCAACUGCUCAAAAAGUUCAUCAAGAUGGCCGCACACUGUAAGGAGUAUAAGAAUCUGAAUUCAUUCUUUGCCAUAGUGAUGGGCCUGGGUAACCCUGCAGUGAGCAGACUCAAUCAGACCUGGGAGAAACUUCCCAGCAAAUUCAAGAAGUUUUAUGGAGAGUUUGAAAAUUUGAUGGACCCGUCCAGGAACCACAGAGCCUACCGUCUCACUGUGGCAAAACUAGACCCUCCAAUAGUACCCUUCAUGCCCCUUCUCAUCAAAGAUAUGACCUUUACCCAUGAGGGCAACAGGACAUCCAUUGACAGUUUGGUUAAUUUUGAGAAAAUGCGUAUGAUUGCAAACACAGUCCGGAUAGUAAGAUACUGCAGAAGUGAACCAUUCAGUCAGGACUCAUGUCUGACGAUGAAGAACCAUCAGGAUGUGCGCAGCUACGUCCGGCAGCUGGCUGUGAUUGACAACCAGCGGACUCUGUCCCAGCUCUCACACAGACUGGAACCUCGGCGCACCUGAGCUUCACCAUGAAGCAAAACUACACUACCCAUGCUGCUUCAGUACUACUGCCAAAAAUAAGUUUAGUAUGCAAAAGAAAAUAAAAUCUUUUCAUCUCACGGGUUUGGAUUAAACUGAGAUUACAUGCCAGGAUUAGGGUACAUAGGCCUUAUUAGCUGUGGCUACUCCGUGCGUUAUCAGUCAGGGUGGAUUUAAUGCCAUACAUUUCUGUCUGUUUACCUCUGUGGGCUGUAUCUGCGGAACACACAGUUCAAAUAACGUGUGUUGGUCCUAAAAAGCUUAGACUGGACAGUCACAUCACUCAUAAAAAUUCACAUUACUCUGUACUUAUGCUCUCAGAGACUUUGUCACUUGUCCAAACUAAGAGUGCACAUUUGAUAUUUUACUGCCCACAAUUAGCCAAUCAGAGAACAGAUCCCUGAGCACAGCUGUUAGCGCGUGAGUUUUUAUUUUAGAAUCUUUCCCACGUCUUUUUUUCCUUUGAAUUACACUCUGCUGGGGAAGAAGUUUGACUUGUGUAUGUUUUAAUCUGAAGAUAUAUGUAUUUAUUUAUACUGACCACAGCAUGUACUGGAUCUGAAUAUGAACUGAGGGGCAGUGACUCAAAGUCUAAGAGAAUUUUCCUGUGUGUCUUCUGUAAAUAAUGUAAACUCAUUAAAAAUACUUGCUGAGAUUAUGCAAAAAGAUUUUUUUUAA